AUGAACAUAAGGCAACUCCUAAAUGAGCAACACGAAAUUGCUAGUUUUCUCGGCCCCAACGAUUUUUCUGACUUUGACUUUAUACGAAAAUCGAGUUUAAGAGAUUUAAUUCCUACACUUCUAUAUGGCUUUCCCUUGAGUUUUCCAAUAUAAUUUUAAGCUAUUAUCCUCGAGCAAUUUAAUGGAAUUAAUAUAUUUACUUAUUUGGAAUUUUCAGUAAGCUAUUUCAAUGAUCAAAAUCUUAUCCUUAAAUUUCGAGCUUUUCUUUUGAGUAAAGCAAUCUGAAAUAGAACUGUUCAAGAGCUUGACUAUAUCAUUGGAAAUACGGUGGCCAAUAAAAUAUCCUAAUUAUAUUAAUAUUCCUUAUUUUAUAAUUUUAUGUAUUUUUUUAUUAUUUUAAAUGAAAAAGAAUAAACUUUUUAAAUGAAAUAUAUGCCGAUUUUUUUGAAGAUUUAAAGAAGGUGGCUGAUAAAUUGAGCAUAUCAAAAGAUUUCUCUGAAAAAAAUGUUUUAUUUCACAUAAUGAAGAUUAUUACUGUAGAUCUAGAGUUUAAUAUAGUUAUUUUUAACAAAAAUAGAAGAAAACUAUUCCAUAAAAGUGCUGACAGCUAUUUUUGUAUUCCUAUUUUUAGAAGAAAAGGGAACUUUUAUGUUUUGUAUCCUUCUAAUCCGCAGUAUCUCCAAAAUCUUUAUGCAAAUACAAUUGAAAAGAAGGAUAAAUUGUUUAUGCACUGUGGACAUCAUUUUGAGCCAAAUAGGGUUUCAAGUACAAAUAUUAGCUGCAAAAAAUGUAAUGAAAGGCUAUAUUCAGCUGAAAUAAAAAUUAGUUAUCCCGAGCAAAAUAAAAAAGAUAUUGAUAAUAGCCAUUCUUAUGAAGAAAAAAAGGUAUACUAUUUUAAAUCGCUUGAUAUAUAUUAAAAUUAAUCAUUGCUAUUUUUGGCUUGAAAUAUAAUUAAUUACUAUUAAAAAAAGUAUUUAUACUACAGAAAAUGAUUUAUAUAGAAAAGUGGAGCCUCAUAAAAAUCAAAACCAAGGAUUGGAUGGAUUUAAUAAAGCUUAUAAAUGCUCAGAUUGCCAUAAACCCGUUUGCUUGUACUGCAGCGUAAGUAAUAAAAACUACAAUGAAGUUCAUAAAAAAUCCACAAGGCCAAGCGGAAACAAAUGCAGAUAUUGCAAAAAAGGUUUCAAUGACUCUCCACGCCUUUAAAUUGGAACAAAAAUUAUAUUCCAACUAUAAAGCGUAUUAAUUUUUCAUAAUACAAAAAUUUUUAUAAAUAUUUUAAAUUAAAAAUAUAAUUUGAAAUAAAUAUUUUGGGAAUUAAUUUAUUUUAAGAAGAAUUAAUUAAAAAAUAUUAAUCAUUUUAGCAUUUCAACUGCUUAAGCAGCAUUCUACUCUACUCCCUCUAUUAAAUUAUAUAAAAAUUAUUUAUAUAAAUUGGGUUAGUUUAUCCAAAAAGUGGAAUUUUUGCCAAUUUAAAGGGUUAGUAAAGAAAUGAGAGGAUAUAUAAAAAAAUUAGCAGACCAUGCCAGAAAUAUUGGCAUGCAAGAUGAAUUCCAUCUAGAUAAUUAUUGCAUAGAAAACUUUAUCUCAAAGCAAUAG